UUCCCGGAUGAAAGUAGAUGCUGUUAAAAACAACAUUGACCCCGUUCAAAAUGCCUUGCAGUGAUGCAGUGGUUGUAUAUGGAAGGUUGUGCUCUCUACCAGAUUAGCUUCUUUUGGAACUGCCACUACCAAGUUAUGCAUAGAUUUGGACCCUCAUCGCAAAUUUUUAAAACAAGAAUUCAAGACUGGUGUUAAUCAUUUAUUCAUAUAUUGACUCCAAAAACUCCUUGGUCUUUAAAGAAUGGUGGAAAUAAAACUGAAUCUCUUGACCAAUUUCACAGGCUUCAGGAACUGAAUUUCCAGCAGGUGCAAAAAGGAGUAGACGUAGGUUAAACAAUAUGGAAAAGACUGUGAAAGAAGAUACACCUAAGGCAGGAGAUGAAAAAAAGUGCUUGCAAGAACUUACGUCACAUAUUGCGGAAGAAACAACGGCCAUGUCUCAAAAGUCGGAAAUAGUUUCCCAGGUGGGAAAGAACCCUGAUUUGGUUAUGACGGCAGAUGUAAUAAAACAGACAGCAUCCAACACUGAAAGGUUGACUUUGAUAGAGAAUACCACCCAUAGGCCAGAAAAGCAACCCCUGUCUACAGUCACAUCAAUUCCAAUUAAAGAGGAUUUCACUGCUGAACAACAUAAGCUUCACAGUGAAGUGACCUCAAAUUUCAAAGAUGCUGCUCCAGAGUCUGAAGUAGAGAAGACUGUUUCCAAAUCAGCAGUUGUAACAGAGAAAAAUUCUUCUUGGUCUGAAAUGACAUCAAGUUUAAUAAAGAUAGCAUCUGAUUCACAGAACUUACUCAUGACUGAAGCUCCAUCACCGGUGAUAGAACCUGUUUCUGAAUCUGAAAAACUGCCUUCAUCUGAACUAAUACCUCAUUUGAAAAAACAAUCUACGCCUCAGUUAAGAAACGAGGUUCUCCCAGAAAUGGUGCCAGUUUUAAAAGAUCAGUCCAGGGUCAAUGCACAGAAUGGACCAUCAAAUGACAUUAUGCCAGUUUUGGUCUUGGAGAACACUGCCUGUAUGCCCAGUAGUCCACCUGUGUUGGUGAAGGACACAGUUCCUGAAGAUGGUGAAAAAGCUCCAUGUGAAAUCAUGCCUGAAUUGGAAAACCAACUUGCACUUCAAGAGAUGCAAGCUUGUAUGAAAGAGACCACACCCAAGCUGACAUAUCGGUCUCCAUGUCAGGAAACAACUUCUUUGAUAAAAGAAAAUGCCUCCGAGUCCAAAAUGCAAGAUGGUUUAAAAGAACUCGCAGGUGCUGAGCCCCCAAAUCCGCCUCUUUGUGAAAAAAUGCCAUCUUUGAAAAAGCAGAAUGCAUUGCAGCAUGGGGACAGGGUACUGAAAGAACCAGAUAACACUGGGUCAAAAAAUGAUUCACUCUGUGAGAAUGUGCCAGACUUGAGUGAGCACCUGCCAGAUGGAAGUGAGCUCAUGCCCAGUGUAACUGAGCACAUGCCCAGUAUAACUGAGCACAUGCCAAGUGUAACUGAGCACAUCCCAGAUUCAAAUGCAUGCAUUGAUACCAGCUGUCAGUUACCAAGUGAUCUGGCAAUGCCAAUAAACCAAGAUACAGUGCCUUUAGUUACAGAACCUACAAUGGUGCAGAAUGUGGUAUUGCACUUCGUCCCUCCUGAUGUCAGAGCUACCCUGGGUAGUGAGAGGCCCGCGUGUCCAGCUGCCUAUCUUUACUAUCCGCAGGCUGACCAGUCUUACAAAGUUCUGCCCAUAUCUGAAGUUGUCAUUCAGAAUGAUGAGGACAUGGUGCCACCUUGUGUUGAAAAUAUUGAAAUCAAAUCUUUUGACACUUAUAUUCAGAAGAAUGGGACUCAAAGUUUAUCGUCAUCAAAAAAGAGGGGAAAACUCAGUACUGAUAAAAAAGCAAUUGGAAUUUUAAAGAAGAAAAAGAAUCUCCAAAAUUCCAUGAAAGCUGAAGUUGGUAAGAAAAUUAAUUUGCAAGACACCAAAGAACUUAGAGACACAAAAAAUUCCAAGAAAGCCUUUUACAAAAGGUGUAAGAAUAAGAGCGGGCAAGCCAAAAAUAAAAUACCAAAGAAGUCGCUGAAAAAGAGUAUCAUUGAACAUAAAAAAGAAAUUGCAUGCAAAAGUUAGAAACGACGCAGAUCCUACUUCAGAGUGUAAUGCAAAGAAGAGACCCGAGCUUGAAUUCUUUGGCAGUGGCAGGGUCAGAAGGUCUACUAAACCUGUUAGUUACACAGAGUAUACAGAUGACUUUGAUGUUGUUGAGGAAAUCCCACUGGAAGUAGAGGAAGGGAAGAGGAAGAGGAAAGUUAAAACAUGUGACUGUUGUCCUUCAACGAAAAAUGAGAAAAACAACGGGGCUGCAAGGAUCCCAAGUAAAAGCAUGGAUAGCAGCUAUGCCUCUUUCAGUAAAGCAGAUAAAAAGAAUGAUACCAGGAAAAUCAGACAGUUUUCUUGUCCAGGACUUUUGAAACACAAGUGCCCACACUGUCCCUUUACAACCCUCAACAAGUACUACUUGUGGAAGUCCCAUGUAAUGCGACAUGCUGGAGCUUUGUCCUGUUCUUUAGAUCAGUGUAAUCUUGAGUCCAAGUUUAACAGGAAGAUUGGAUAUCACAAGAGGCAGCUAACUGAAGACCUUAAGACCAAACACGGAAGGCCGAGGGCAUUUAGAUGUGACAUAUGCAACAAGGCAUUUACUUUUGAGACCAAUGUGGUAAGGCACAAAAAGAUUGCCCACGUUGAAAAACUGCAGUAUCUUGAUUGUCCAGUUUGUCACAAACUAUUUCUGAAUGCUUUAAAACUGGAACAUCAUAUGAGUACAAAACACAAGCAACCCUUCACAUUUCCAAGUCUCAGAUGCAAGACAAAUUUUACUUCAAAGGAUAUGUUGCUGAAACACAAGAAAUCCACCCAUGCAGUCAAAAGAUUCAGAGAUUCAAGGAAUUUCAAUGGAAAAUUGAAACCUUGUUUACCAUUGGAUUCAGGAUUGGAACCUAGUUUGAUGGUAGAGAAACUAAAGGUUAAAGAUUUUGUCAAAGGUGAGAGUAAUACCUACUGGCUUCACUCUGGAAGUGAGAGAACUGUUACUGUGGAUGACUAUAACAUUCAGCAAAUAGGGUGUUGCAAUGGGACCAAAUAUUUUUCUGAAAACAAAACUGAGCGAAAACAGAAAGAAGAUUAUACAAUGACUACUUCCAAAGACAAAAUUGCCCCUGAAAAGCCACCCAACAAAAUGGUUUUACCAGUGCCAGUUGUAAGACUGGAAAAGCUUUCUCGUUUAAAGAUAUGUGGGAGUCACUCCAUUCAUGUCAAUAACAUGAGUGUUAAAGAAGUUCAUUGUAAUGCCUCAGAUACCAUAGAUGUAAGUGAAUGCACAGACGAACAAAAAGAGAGGAAAUUCUUGGGCCACAAAUAUCCCAAGUAUAUCUUUUCUCAAACUGGUAAGGUUGAAAAAGACACUUUGGAAAAAACAAAAGUCUACUCCAGAAGGGAAAGAAAACCAAGGCAAUUGGAGUCUUACUAUGUCAGUGACUUUGUGUAUCCUUGGUCUGACAGUAACUCUGAGUGUGAAGAAGACUGGGAUUGUGGAAAGGAAAGAACAAAAUCAAAGACAGUUAGGAAACGUAAAUCCAGAGAUAUAGAAUACUGCAUGGGCAGUGAAGACCCAGAAUGGGAACCAGCUGAAGGAAACAAAAAAAGACUAAAAUCCAUGCUCGAAUGUGGUGUUAAGCACAAAAAAGACCUAUCAAAGUCUCACUGUGGGAAAGUUUCUUCAUCCGUUCCAAAGUCGUCCAAGUCAGAUGUAAUGCAGAUUAGAAUGAGUGAUAAUCGAAAAACUUAUGUGACCAAAAGAACAGGAUUCAAAAAAGUGAUGAUGAUAAAACUUGCACCAUCUGCAAAAAAUGCCAAAGUUGAAGAAAAAAUAACAUUAGUAAAGUUCAGCAAUAAGGAGAGUGAGUGCAAAAGCCAGAAAGCUGACAAAGUCAUAGUUGUUAGUAAGAUGAAGGACGAUAUCAACACAGCUGACCUUUUUGAAGAUGAACAGAAUAACAAUACUGCAGACAUUGAGAAAAUUGGCAAAACUUUAGAAAACGAGCAGGAGUAUUCUCAACUGAAACCUUUAGUUGAAAGGGACAACAUAUUUGCCACUCUGAGUUCACUACGGGUGCAGUAUCAAGAACAGCUGUCUGCUGUCUCAUGAAUGGCUGCAAAUGAUACCAUCAGACCAUAGAAGGCAAUAGAUAGCAGGGUUACUAUGACCCUCUUCAAAAGAAAACAGUAAUACACUUGACUUAGUUUUAAAAAAAUGUCACUGUGUUGAAAACAAGUAGGAAGAUUUAACAGUUGGACCUGUAGUCAAAAAGGGAAAUCUGUUUGCCAGUCUUUAGUUUGUUUAAGCUGUGAUAUCAGGAAUUCUGGUCCAUUCCAAAGACUGAUAUGUGAAUCUCUUUUUUUAUGGUAGAAAAGAUUAAGAUUUGUUAGGCCAGUCUCUUGAGAUCAUUGUUCAGAUUUUGUUGUUGGUCCUUGUAAAAGUCUUUGGUAUUUUUUUAAUGGAA